AUGUUGGAAACGAUUUUUUUAAAAAAUGAUAAUGACAUUGUUAAUAAAAAAGUUGAAAAACCAUCGGUGGUGACGUCAACAUUUUCAAUGGAAAAUUUAUUAAAUACAAAAAUCGUGGGUAAACAUUCGUCCGGUGAGAAAAAUUUAAUGUUUAAAAUAAAAAACGGUGAAAAUCCCCGUAAUAGAUCCCCGUUGGAUUCGGAUACGGAAGACGAUAAGAAAAAGCAAAAUAAUAACGAAGAACAAAACGAUUUUUAUUCGGAUAAUAAUUCAUCGAUAUCGCCGAAUAAUUUCGAAUCGAAUCACCGGAAAUCCGAUGAUAUAAACGGUAAAAAUUAUACGGAAAUUAAUUACGAUAGAUCCACGUCACCGGAUCCGGAAGAAAGUCAAAGUUCGGGUUUGCCACAUAAUUUAGAGAGUUCGCCGAAAAAUGAAGAUGACAAAAGGGAACCCUCCGAUUACACUCUACCACAAAAAUUAACCCCCCAUAAUAAUGAUAAUAAUUAUACGUCGCAUAAUUUAUUUAAACAUGAAAGUGUUUUCAGUCAAUUUUUUCGUAACGAAAAUUAUUUAACGACCGUUAAUAAUCGUAAUUAUUAUAAUAAUCAAAAUCUAUGUAAUACUUUCGAUUGUUAUCAAAAAACGUUACCGGUUUAUCGAGAUAAUCGUAAUUUUCACCGGAAUUGCAAUUCUAUUAAUUGUGGAACAUGUGAUAAUACGAAAAUACAAAGAUUGGACGGUUUCCUGUUGGGUAAGUGCAAAGGAGGAGGAGGACACCUCGAGAAAAAAGACGAAAAUUUAAUUAUUAAUUUAAAACAACAAAACAAAGGGAAAGAUGACGAGGAUGGUGGUGAUGACGUCGUCGUUAAAAAAUCACCGACGAAUCUUCAGAAAAAUCCCGCCGUGGAAAUCGAUCGUAAACCGGCUUUAAAAUUUAGUGUCAAUGCAAUACUCGGGAGGAUGGGGGAGGGGAAGGGAGACGCGCGUGAGAGAUUGAGGGUGGGUAAAAACGACGUGCUUCAAAGCAAGGUGUCGGAUACACCAGUUCACUCUCGUCGCCCCCGGUUACAUUUUCACACUCUCAACUCUCAAAUAUCUAAAACAUUUUCCCGGUUUCUACUGGGAGCUUUUUAG